AUGAGUUGUGAUAUGAAGAAUAUGGAGUGGCCUUCGUGUUUGGAUGAAUACGAAAAGCUCAUUAUUCGAAUGUCUACGCCAAGGGUCAUGAUCGACAAUGCGGGUUGUUCCAAUGAGACCAGGCUUAUGAUUGAUAGUGCGAGAAAACAUGGGAUUCUCCUGGAAGCCGUCCAAGUGCUGACGGAUCUGAACCUGUCGAUCAAAAAGGCUUACAUCUGCUCCGACGGCCGGUGGUUCAUGGACGUUUUUCAUGUGACCGACUUGAAUGGGAAUAAACUAACCGAUGAGAGCGUCCUCGGUUGCAUCGAGCAGUCGCUUGAGACUGUCCAUUAUGGCCGACCUGCAAGCGUCAAGGGUCUAACGGCCCUUGAGCUAACGGGCACGGACCGGGUCGGGCUUCUAUCCGAGGUUUUUGCUGUUCUUUCCAAUUUGAGCUGUAAUGUAGUCGAUGCCAAGGUUUGGACACACAACGGCCGUAUAGCAUCCUUAAUUUACGUCAAGGAUGACUACUCGGGCUCACCAAUCGAGGACGAGCAGAAGUUGGACACAAUCGGGGCUGUUUUGAGGAAUGUGCUGAAAGGGGACAGUGACAUUCGGAGCGCGAGUACCUCGGUUUCUUUGGCCGUGACUCAUACCGAGAGGAGGCUCCACCAGUUGAUGUUUGCUGACCGGGACUAUGAGAGGAGGGUUUUGGCAGGGCCUGGUUCGGGACCGAGUGUAUCGGUUAGGAAUUAUUUGGAGAAGGAUUAUUCGGUCGUGAAUAUUCAGUGCCGGGAUCGGAAUAAGCUUUUGUUUGAUGUGGUCUGCACGUUGACCGAUAUGGGUUAUGUUGUUUUCCACGCCACGGUCGACACAUCGGAUGAUGCGGCGUCUCUGGAGUUUUUCAUCAGACACAUGGAUGGGACACCGAUUAGCUCCGAGGCCGAGAAGGAGCGCGUGAUUCUUUGUCUACAGGCCGGGAUCGAGAGAAGGACAUCUAAGGGUGUGAGGCUUGAGCUGUGUGCGGACGAUAGAAAAGGUUUGUUGGCGGACGUGACGCGGACUUUUCGUGAAAACGGGUUGAACGUGACGCGGGCCGAGAUAUCGACAGCUCGGGAUACGGCCCAAAACAUAUUCUAUGUGACGGAUGCAGUUGGAAACCCGGUCGACCCAGAGAUGAUAGACUCGGUGAGGGAAAAGAUUGGUUUGGGUAAUCUGAAAAUCACGGAAGUGCCCUCCCCGUGCGGGCGGAAGGUCGAGAGGGAGGGCCCACGCGUGCUGAUGUCUCUCGGGAGCAUGGUGGGGAGGAGUCUGAAUUACUUUGGGCUGAUUAAGUCUUAA